GAGGCUGUUGUGGGGCCACAACCAAAAAGACUAUUGUGGGUGGGUGGGCGUGGGCAUGGUGGUUUGUCACAGAUGUCCAGCGGCUCUCCCUUGAGGUGAUUACAUUAAAUCCACGAUGUGAGAAUGUGGAGACAUCACUAGGUGUCCAAGUUACUGUCACAGGGGUGGCCCAGGUGAAAGUUAUGAAAGAGGAAAAGGUGCUAAGAUUGCCUCUGAGCAGUUCUUGGGCAUGAGUAUAGAUGACAUCAAGGGCACCAUACUCAUGACAUUGGAGGGUCACCUCAGAGCAAUUCUUGCUACAUUGACAGUUGAAGAGGUUUACCAAGAUCGAGACCAGUUUGCUCAGCUUGUCCGAGAAGUUGCUGGCAUGGAUGUGGGCAGGAUGGGUAUUGAAAUACUCUCUUUUACCAUUAAAGAUGUGUAUGACCGUGUGGAGUACUUGUCAUCUUUGGGCAAGUCUCAGACAGCAGCCGUCAAGAGAGAUGCAGACAUAGGUGUAGCUCAGGCCAACAGGGAUGCCGGUAUUAGGGAAGCUGAGUCCGAAAAAACUGCAAUGGACGUGAAGUACAACACUGACACAAAGAUUGAAGAUAAUGCCAGAAUGUACAAACUCCAAAAGGCCCAGUUUGACAGAGAAAUUAACACUGCGAAAGCAGAAGCCCAGCUAGCUUAUGAACUCCAGUCAGCAAAAACACGACAGAAAAUCAGAAAUGAAGAGAUUGCUAUUGAAGUUGUGGAGAGGAGAAAGCAGAUUGAGGUUGAGGAGCAAGAAAUAAAGCGCAAAGAGAAAGAGUUAAUAGCAACUGUACGCCUACCUGCCGAAGCUGAGAGUUACCGUGUGGAAACUAUAGCACAAGGUAGACGUACACAGACCGUGGAAGCAGCCAGGGCUGAAGCUGAGAGGAUAAGACGCAUUGGAGAGGCAGAGGCUUAUAGUGUGGAGGCAGUUGGUAAGGCAGAGGCUGAGAGCAUGAAGCUGAAGGCUUUGGCUUAUAAACAGUAUGGAGAAGCUGCGAUUAUGUCGAUGGUAUUGGAUAGCCUACCUCAGAUUGCUGCUGAAAUUGCAGCCCCAUUGGCAAAGACCGAGGAAAUUGUGAUGGUUGGUGGAGGGGAUACCAUGAGUAAUGCUAUAACAAAGUUAUGUGGUGAGCUUCCCCCUGCUGUCCAUGCUCUUACUGGUGUUGACCUCUCACAGAUGCUAUCAGCACUUCCAGGAGCCAAAGUCACACAGUCGACGGUUCAGCAACGAGUCGCACCCACUGCUGUUUAACAGCAUCAACAGAUGCAUAAACUUAGUGCCAGCAAUGAGGAGACAGAAGUCAGACUGUCUUGAAAGACAUUGUGGAAAUCACAUUUCAUUCUUGUAUUUUAAUGUUUAUUGAAAUUACACUGUAUCAUAACAAUAAGAUGCUGUUCUCAAGAUAAACACAAACAUUUUGAAAGUCAUACGAGGAUGUGCACAUUCAUUAUUAAAUAGGUCACUUUAAUGCAAUCAUGUCUUUUCUGCCCAUUAUUGAGAUGCCAGAUGAUUUUCAAAGUACUGUAUUUUUAUAAGACUCUUUAAGGGAAAUAAACUUUUUUAAGGAA